CAGUUUGUUAGUCAAAGUUCUGAAUCGAUGAGGUGAAGAUGCAGCUGCUUACAGGAAUCGUUUUGGUGAUCGCCGCUCUUAUGCUUGUCGGCACUCAGACUGAGGCAGCCGUCUCUCGGGGCAUCUUUAAAGACCCUGCUCAUCCAGGAAAAUGUGUCGUCGAUGGACUUGUUCUGAACGACGGGCAGUCGGCUCGUCACCCCAAUAUGUGUGCCCGUGUGGUGUGCGGAAAGAAUAGCGAGGGACAGAUACAGACAUGUGGAGUUGUUGGCCUACAGCCCAAACAAAAGUUUGGCAAGUACACAGCACCGAAUGCUGACUAUCCCGAAUGCUGUAAUCGUGAAAUUCUUAAUGCCUAAUUAAACGAUCUUUGAAAAAUGAAAUAAAUAUUAAACGCGA